AUGAAUGAGCAGGUCGACCGGCAGGUUCCUGACAAGACCGCCCUCGAGAGACUCGGGCGAGAGCGCCCUGCUACUUUUCCAAACAAGUGGAUCGAGCUGUGCUUCUGCUUCUCGCUGCUCGCCUCCGAACUGCUGGCUGAAUACUUCAUCAGCGGCUUCAACAACCUGCUCCCUCAUAUCACAACCGCCCUCGACAUCCCCCCCGCCUCGCAGACAUGGCCUGCCAGCGUCUUCUCCCUCGUCACCGGCUCCUUCUUACUCCCCUCCGCCCGUCUCGCUGAUAUCUACGGUGCCCGUCUUGUUUUCAACAUCGGCCUAGUCUGGCUUAUAAUCUGGUCGUUUAUUGCCGGAUGGAGCAAGAACUACAUAAUGCUCAUUGUCUGCCGAGCACUGCAGGGACUGGGACCGUCCAUGUUCCUGCCCGCUGGCAUCAUGCUCAUUGGGAGUAUAUACCGGCCAGGGCCACGGAAGAACCUGGUGUUUAGUCUCUAUGGGGCCUUCUCGCCGAUUGGGUUCUACUCUGGGAUAUGUGUCAGCGGGUUGACUGGCUUCUAUCUGACCUGGAGAUGGUAUUUCUGGAUCGGCACUAUCAUGACUCUCGUCGUGUUGAUUGUAUCAUCUCUCUCGAUGCCGAAAAUCCGACUCCCUUUGCAAGUUUCGACGCUCAGAAUGGACUGGUGGGGAUGUCUUACUAUUGUCCCUGGGCUGGUGUUGAUCAUCUUUGCUUUUACCGAUGGCUCCCAUGCUCCGGACGGGUGGAAGACGCCAUAUAUCAUCGUCACCUUCAUCGUUGGCGUCGCUCUUAUAUGUGCAGCAGUCUAUAUUGAAGGCUGGGUUGCAUCUCAGCCAUUGCUCCCGCCUGAUAUCUUCAAGGUCAAAUACCUGACUCCUCUGUUCUUCGCGCUCUCCUUCUCAUACGGCGUGUUCGGAGUGUACCUCUUCUACGCCAGCUUCUACAUCCAAAACAUCCUCGGCCACGACUCCCUCAUCUCCGCCGCCUGGUUCGCGCCCAUGGCCGCUGGCGGUCUCAUCCUCGCCACAGUCGGCGGCUUCACCCUGCACCUCCUCCCAGGAAAACUCCUCAUGCUAAUAUCCGGCGCCGGCUAUCUCAUAUCCAUGCUCCUCUUCGCCAUUAUCCCUGAGAAUCCAAACUACUGGGCCUACGUGUUUCCAGCAAUGAUCGCCGCGACUGUCGGCACCGACAUCGGCUACAGCGUCAGCAACAUCUUCAUCACGACCUCCCUACCGCAGAAUAGACAGGGCGCAGCAGGUGCAAUUAUCCACACGAUCGUGUUUGUAGGGAUUAGCUUCUUCCUCGGCUUGGCAGAUCUGGUUGCUGCGCAGACAAAGAACCUAGGGGAGGCAGGGAGCUAUAAAGCGGCGUUUUGGUUUGGGGUUGCUUGUGCGGGCGUUGCUAUUGUUCUGCUGUCCUUUAUCCGGGUUGGAAAGGCAUCUAGCGAGCUUACUGUGGAGGAAAGAAAGCAGCUAGAAGACUUGGUUGCAGAUGGGCCAGGGGUCCGUCAAUGA